AUGCCAUCAUACGUCGCUUUCACAGAUGAAGGCGUCCUGAUUGGAGAGGACGCAAAAUCCCAGCUUGCACAGAAUGCAGACAGAACCCUGUUUGGUAUGAAGCGCCUUUUGGGGCGAAGCUGGUCUGAUAGCGAAGUCCAAGCCAACCUCGAUGAUCUCCCAUACAAUGUCGUCAAUCACGAAGACAAGCCUUGUAUCCGAGUCCAAGUCCAGGGAAAGGAGAAGAUCAUAUCUCCUGAAGAAGUCACCAGCAUGUUGAUUGGAAAGCUGAAGAGUACCGCAGAGACCUUCUUGGAUGAGGAAGUCACCCAUGCCGUCGCGGCUGUUCCAGCAUACUUCAACGACUCCCAACGACAGGCACUCAAGGACGCAGGAGAGAUGGCCGGGCUACAGAUUCUUCGUAUCGUCAACGAACCCACUGCGGCAGCGAUAGCUUACGGACUCGACAUGACGAGUGACGACCGGUCCAUUAUCGUCUACGACCUCGGUGGCACUGAACUGGACAUAUCACUACUUACUGUGGAGGACGGCAUCUUCGAGAUACUUGCGACGGGGGGACCCAUCUAUUUGGGUGGUGAUACGAUCAACCAACAAAUAAUUGAAUAUCUACUGAAACAGUUCCACGAGAAGAAUCCCGAUGUCGCAAUUGAUAGCCAGACCAUGGCUAAAAUCGAUGGCGAGGUGGAAAGAGGCAAGAGAGAGCUGUCUUCACGCGAGGUGUACCAAGUGGAGGUCAAGGCUGUUCGUGAAGGGCUAAACUUUUCCCAGACUCUUACCAGGGCAAAGCUCGAGGACCUGAACGCGGCAAUAUUCGAGGCUACGAUUGCACCCCUUCGGGAAAUCUUGGUGGGACCUGUCGAUGACAUCCUUGCUGUUGGCGGUUCUAGCAAUACCCCGAAGGUAGGCGUACUGUUCACCGGACCUCACAUCAGUUCCGGUAUGCUGAUGAUUCUCAAGGUACUUGAACAUGUCGAGCAAUAUUUUGGCCGUCCGGUGUCCAAGGGGGUUCAGCCCUCCGAGGCCACUGUUAUUGGCGCUGCGAUCCAGGCUUCGAUCCUCUCAGUGGAAUAUGAUGAGGGAUGCAUUUUGUAUGUUGAGAUAGCUCAACUUCCUAUUGGAAUCGAGACGACCGGUGGCUUGAUGCGGAGGAUGAUCAUGCGAAACACCAUGCUGCCCACGAGCCCGAGCCAGACGUUCUCCACGACUACCACUAACCAGUCCAGUAUUCUGGUAAAGGUGUACGAAGGAGAGCGGGCAACGACCAAUGACAGCAUCCAGCUCGCCAGUUUUGAGCUCACGGGAAUCCCGCCUGCUCCUGCUGGUGGUCCGGAGAUCCAAGUUAGAUUCAAGCUUGACUUGAAGGGCCUGCUCAAGGUUACAGCACUUGACCUAGCUGCGGGAAAGAAGGAGGGCAUCGACAAUAUCCAAACCUCUUACGGCAGAGGUGACAAGGAAGAAGAUAUCGACAAUAUCUUGCUUUCCGCUGAAGAACACGGGGAAGAGGACCAGGCUCUCUACAGGCACAUGAACGAGCGCAAUCGCCUGGAUACCUACAUUCGUGCUAUCGACGGCUACCUUAAAGAUUAUGAAUGGACACAGUGGCGUGGCAGCGUUGACCAGAGGGAGAGAAUCCUGGAUGCUGUUCGAGAGACGCGCGAAUUGCUUAAGGAAAACUACCACAUUGCACCGACCGAGGCCUUUCUGGAGCGGGAGAAUACACUGCUAAACUUCUUUGGAAACCGUGUACUAGAGGGCUACGUCGAAGCUUGGUCGAUUGACGGCAGGAUCGAGGCUUCGUCAAAGAUUCAACUUGGGGAUCAUGACGAGUUGUGGAUAGUGGUCUCGCAUUUGAGGCGGCUGGAACACUGGAACACCAGGUUCUGGGCUGCAGCCCUACUCUCCAAUCCAGGGCGAGGAAGCAGCAACUCUGUAUAG